GGGCCCAGGCCCGGCCCGGCCCCGGCGCGUCCCGCGGGCCCGGCGCACCCCGGGCCUGCACAGUUGUUUGUGAAUGAAUUUGGCUGAAUAUGGAUCCAGGUGGCGGAAGUCUUGGAUUGCAAACACAGGAAUCCAAAAUGCCUCACACUAUGAUCAUGCAAGAUUUUGUGGCUGGGAUGGCUGGCACUGCUCACAUCGAUGGAGACCACAUUGUUGUGUCAGUCCCCGAAGCUGUCCUGGUUUCUGACGUGGUCACGGACGAUGGGAUAACCCUUGACCAUGGCUUGGCAGCCGAGGUGGUCCAGGGGCCCGACAUCAUCACGGAGACGGACGUUGUCACCGAGGGCGUCAUCGUUCCCGACUCCGUGUUGGAGGCUGACGUUGCCAUUGAGGAGGCUCUGGACACCAGCGACCACGUUCUGACUUCCGACCUGAUCACAGAAACCGUGCGAGUUCCCGACCAGGUGUUUGUGGCUGACCUUGUCACGGGCCCUGAGGGACACUUGGAGCACGUGGUGCAGGACUCGGUGGCCGGGGCCGACUCGCCCACCAUGGUCUCGGAAGAGGUGCUGGUGACCAACUCGGAUUCGGAGGCUGUCAUCCAGGCAGCCGGGACUGUCCCUGGCUCCACGGUCACCAUCAAAACCGAGGAUGACGACGACGGCAAGAGCACAUCUGAAGACUACCUGAUGAUAUCUUUGGAUGAUGUUGGAGAGAAAUUGGACCAUAUAGGAAGCACUCCCUUGAAGAUCAGUACCGAGGUGGCAAAUGAUGAUGUUGCUAAAGAUGAUGGCUUUGGUUCAGAAGUUAUUAAAGUCUACAUAUUUAAAGCUGAAGCUGAAGAUGAUGUUGAAAUAGGUGGGACAGAAAUUGUCACUGAGAGUGACUUUCACAAUGGCCAUUCUGUAGCUGGAGUCAUUGAACAAGGAGGUGUUGGGAGAAUGCAGCGAGAAAAAAUGGUUUACAUGGCUGUUAAGGACUCUUCUCAGGAAGAUGAAGAUAUUAGCUGUGCUGAAAUAGCAGAUGAAGUUUAUAUGGAAGUUAUUGUAGGGGAAGAAGAAGCCACAUCCCUUCCAGACACCCAGCUUGAGGACUCUGGUGUGAAUAAAACGUUUGUCCCCGUUGCUUGGGCUGCUGCUUACGGAGAUGAAAGAAGGCUUCCCCGAAGAUACGAAGAUGGUCAAGCGGCAGGAAAUAACUUGGAUACACGAUUAGAAAACAAAAACGGUAAUGCAACACAGUACCUGCAGAUUUGUGAUAGCAUUAGCACUAAUAGAGUGCUCAAACAAAAAACCAAGAAAAGGAGGAGAGGAGAGGCCAGGCAAUGGCAAACAGCUGUUAUAAUAGGUCCUGAUGGACAGCCCUUAACAGUUUACCCUUGUCAUAUUUGUGGGAAAAAAUUUAAAUCCAGAGGAUUCUUGAAAAGGCAUAUGAAGAACCAUCCCGAUCAUAUGAUCAAGAAGAAAUACCAGUGUACAGACUGUGACUUUACAACUAACAAAAAAGUAAGUUUCCACAAUCAUCUGGAAAGCCAUAAACUUAUAAAUAAAGUUGAUAAAACGCACGAGUUUACAGAGUACACGAGAAGAUACAGAGAGGCGAGCCCGUUGAGUUCCAAUAAACUCAUCCUGAGGGACAAGGAGCCCAAGCUCCACAAGUGCAAAUAUUGUGACUAUGAGACUGCAGAGCAGGGGCUGCUCAACAGGCACCUGCUGGCAGUCCAUAGCAAGAACUUCCCUCAUGUGUGCGUGGAGUGCGGGAAGGGCUUCCGCCACCCCUCGGAGCUGAAAAAGCACAUGAGGACCCACACGGGGGAAAAGCCAUACCAGUGUCAGCACUGCGUGUUCAGGUGUGCUGACCAGUCCAACCUGAAAACUCACAUCAAAACCAAACACGGCACCGACCUGCCCUUUAAAUGUGAGCACUGUCCCCAGGCCUUCGCCGACGAGAAGGAGCUGCAGCAGCACACCGAGCUCUUCCAAGGGCAUAAGACUCACCAGUGUCCCCACUGUGACCACAAGAGCACCAACUCCAGUGACCUGAAGCGACACAUCAUUUCAGUGCACACCAAGGAUUUUCCCCACAAGUGUGAGGUGUGCGAGAAAGGCUUCCACCGGCCCUCGGAGCUCAAAAAGCAUAGCGAGACCCACAAAGGGAAAAAGAUCCACCAGUGUAGGCACUGUGACUUCAAAACCUCCGACCCUUUUGUGCUCAGUGGGCACAUCCUCUCCGUUCACACCAAGGACCUGCCUUUUAAAUGCAAAAGGUGUAAAAGGGGCUUCAGGCAGCAGAACGAACUGAAGAAGCACAUGAAGACCCACAGUGGCAGGAAGGUGUACCAGUGCCAGUACUGUGAGUACAGCACCACGGACGCGUCGGGCUUUAAGCGCCACGUCAUCUCCAUCCACACCAAAGACUACCCCCACAGGUGUGAGUUCUGCAAAAAGGGCUUCCGCAGGCCCUCCGAGAAAAAUCAGCACAUAAUGAGGCACCACAAAGAGGCCAUCAUGUGAUAGGUGAGCUCCAGAGGGAAGCGAUGUAGAAACUGUGAUAUGCUAAUUGGGGAAAAAAAUAAAUCUCACGAACUGUUUCUCCUGGUUUCAAAGCUUGAUAUUAAACCAUAACUUUACAUUCUUUGUAUUAAAAGUCUUAAAAAGUAUUAGGGUUGGCAGGGGAACUCAUAGCCCUAUGAUUGUUGCUGAUCAGAACCUAAAGAGCACUAGAGAAUGCAGAGGAUGGAUGAAUGUCUUAAAUUUGCAGAAAGAUGGAUGAAUGUCUCCAAGUGAACAGUAUUUGCCAUUGCUGAGUCUAGAGGACAGGGCAGAGCUGAUUGUGUGACCCAUUCUGUCAGUCCCAACGUGUGUCUCCAGUAUGGAAACAGAUCCCUGGUGGGGUGAGCUACGGAGGGUUUGCAAAGGAGCCCCCUCUUCACUUCUUGUGCAGUUUGGUACGGGGAGUUUUGGUCAGACACUUCAUCACAACGUUUUCAAUUGUGCCUAGAAAUGAAUUCCAGAACUGGCGAAAUUAUUUGGAGGGGGUGUCCCUUGUUCAGUUUGGUUUGGUUGUUUGUUUUUUUUUUAAACAUUUCAUAGGGAAACUUUUUGGUUUCCUUUAUUAGUUUAGGUCCAAGAAGCAUUUUUUUACUGGUUUUCAAAGCUGCUAACCUAUUUUAUUGCAGGAUAUGAUGUUGAAAAUAGAGCAUUAUGUUAUGGUCUCAGAGGUGGUGUUCUGGUGCUAGGGUUAAAGAUGUAUAUGUAUAUAAUUUCCCUUUUUUUAUCUGAAACUACAGUUGAAUGUUGUUCAGUAUGGCACAUAUAACAAAAUUAACUUUGAAUUUGACUUUUUUUUUUUAAAGGAUAAAAAUGGAUGCAGCUCAUAGUGUUGUGACUCAACACUAAUUUUUUUCCUCGCUACUUUAAAGUCUUCUCUAAAAAGAGUAUUAAAAACAGUUGAAAACUGUAGGGGUUUUUUAAUUAAAAUUCAGAGUACUUAGAGGUUCUUUAGGGCAGUGUUCUUAACAGGUAUGACAGUUACUGUCCUACCUCCUAAUAUGAAAUUUUCCAUAUAGACGUAAAAUUGCACCUUUUAAUCGAUUCUUUUAAAAAAAGAUCUAUACCAUGCUAUAAACAUGCAUUUUCAAUCUGUAAGAAAGUAUAUAUGCAGUAUUUAACCAGAAAAACCUGCUGCCACUAGAGUUUGGAGGUGGAUCUUGAGUUUACAGUGUAUACAUUUAAAAUAUGCAUCCCUUUAAAAAUGCUUUGUGUUAGCAUGCUGCAAAUCCAAUGGCGCUUAUAUAACGAGCUGGUCUAGGGCUAUUUAAUGAAAAACCUGGUCAUAAAUGUUAUGCAUAUAAUGUGUAUUUUUUACUUUUUUUAGUUGCUUCAUGUUUGCACACAGCUGUUCACAUGAGAAAUUGUAACUUCAUGCUAUAUUGUGGCUUUGUGUUCCAGAUAAUGUUCAUAUUUUGUUUUUGCACCAGAUGAGAAUCAGUUCCUUGAGAAUAAAUUUUUUUUAUAUUUCUAAACUUCAGAAAGUUAAAAUUUGGGAAAUCUCUUAGACAAAUAAGUGUUUUAUGUGGCUGUAAAAAAUGAUGUACACGCUGUAAAAUAAGAUUGUCACUGUUCUGUGGGAUUAUUAUUUCUAAUUGUGUUACUCAUCGUAACGGGCAUACAAUAAAACGCAUCUCUUGCACUCCAGAUUUUUUGGAGUUUCCUUUUCAUUUAUGGUGUUUAGGAAAGUCCCAAUAAUCUGUAAAUUUGCCUGAUAUUUUUAAUUGCAUUAUUCACUAAUUAACAUGUAAUCACUUUUCAAGUAAACAGGUUACUGCAGGUCUGUUUGGCAGACCAUUGAGAACAUUGGGUUUGAUUUAACCCUUUAGACUCACAGGUAAUGUAUUUGUGUUUGUUUGCUUAUUUCUAAAAUAAUUAUCAAAUCUGACACUGACAUUCCUUUGAAUUUUUUUUCCUUUAAGAGAACAAAAAAAUUUCUCGCAUAUUUUGGGAAAAAACAGGUAGGUUUUUGUCUUUUUACCUGUGUAAUAACAGCUUGCAGAAUGAAAUGCUAAAAACGCUGCUAUUCUAAAUUCCCUCUCUUUUUAGAAUACUUGAAUUGCAACAUCAGUAACAGAUUAAAAAGCUGAAGAAGAACAUGUGCUAUUAAAUGAACCCUUCAUGGAGGAUUUCCAACGGGCUUUGAGCCUCUGAACUUGUAGGUUUUGCAUAAGGAGCAGAAAUAAGGAAGACAGGAAUUAAUUCAUAUGGGGUUUGUUGCUGCUUUUCCUUGCAUGCCCAGCAGUCAGAAGGGGAAAGAAUCUUAGUGAUUUAAGGCUGUGGAUUUCUGACAAUGCCAGUGUUUUGUUCCUGAAUGUUAUGUUGAAUACGUGGACUGAAGGAGUUUCUUCACCCGAAGAUGAUCCCUGACUCUGCCCAUGGCUGUGCUCAUUUUCCACCCUACAGACAGACCAAAUAAUCAGGUUUCAACUGCCCAUAAUUAAAGGCAAUAAAUUAGGGAGAAAAUGAGGAAGAGCUGCAGCAGAACUCUGGAGGUAAA